AUGCCUCCUGGACGGAAGAGGAGGACGAAGACCCUCGCUGGAAGCGGAGAAUCCGCCGCUUCUACAGUCGUGGAUGAUUCCACGUCGGGUGGCGAGGGUGAAGUGACGGGAUCGACGGUUAGGUCUCCACCGAGGAGUAAGGCGCGUUUGGGGUCGCCGCGUAAAGAGGGCGGAAGCGAGGAGUGUAGUGGGAGUGCCUAUGUGGCCACUACUGGUAAAGCGGUUGCGCGUUUGGGGUCGCCGCGCCAAGUCGGCGGAAGUGAGGGUGGGAGCGGGAGUUGUGGCGGUGGCGGAAGUGCCAAUGUGGCCACCGCUGUCAAAGCGGUUGCACGUACGGGGUCGCCGCCUCAUGAAGGGGAAAUCGAGGGAGGGAGCGGAAGUCGUGGUGGGAGGGCCAGUGUAACCACUGCAGAGAAAACGGUUGCUCAACCGUCAAUGACGGUUGGGAAAGAAACGGGUGCCGGGCGUGCCAAAGAGGCCGCAAAAAAGCGGGAGUAUUCGCAUGGAGCAGUUGUUGUUGGGGGUGGGGAAGUCAGCCAUGUUGCGGCUGCUAAACUAUUACGGGGGAGCUUAACGAGGUCAAUGCCGGCUCUGUCGGCACCGAUGCCUGCGCCUCCAGCACCUGUGCUGGAAGCAAUAACACCGGUGGCGCCGAAGCCUGUGGAGACUUGGUCGGUCGUUGACAGGAGUAAGGGGCCUGCAACUUCCUCUAAUGAGGUGAUCAAGAAAGUGGUGAAGGAG